AGCAAACACACUCCAACACGCAGGUUUAUUUCAGCACAAAAAUGAACAUGAGGGCAGGGAGAAAAUAUUUUGACCGGCCUGACUGACGACAUGAAACAACCUUUGCUCCUUAUCAGUCUGUCACUGGCAGUCCUCCUCUCUGCGGCUCAGGACCAGGUACAGAUCCAGUUCGAGACAGACCCGGUGUUGGUUCAAACUGGUACUGAGAUAGUGUUUACAGUGCUGACAGUGCCUCAGGUGCUGUCCAUUACAUGGCAGUACCAAGGAGGAGUCACUCUCGGUCUGUGGGCUGGGGGAGCUGCAGUGGUUAAUCCAGUGUUACAGUUCCAGGGCAGGGUCACCAUCACUGCCACCCAGCUCCGAAUCGGAGGUGCCCAGCUCCGAGAUGCAGGGAACUACACGGUGGACGUGAUCCCGUCCGCUACCACAGGCCUGACUCCUAACUCCAGAUCGAUACAGCUGAGGGUGUUUGAUGCAGUGGCCGGCGUGAGUCUGGUUGUUCCCUCAGUGGCAGUGGAGGGGGGGAAUGUGUCUCUGAGGUGCAUAUGGACUGCUGGGACAGAGGUUACGGUCCUGUGGGGCAAAGGAGGCUCAACCAUCACUGCCGACUCCAGGAUCACCAUCUCAGGUGGCUCUCUGGUCAUCAACCCAGCCAGACGGGGUGAUGCCGGGGAGUACACAUGUACUGUCAGCAACCCCGUCAGCGCCCAAACUGCCACACAAAGCCUCACCGUCUACUAUGGCCCUGACACCCCUGUACUGACCAAGGACACCCCAAAAGAGUGUGUCGGGGGAGGGGACGUGUUGGUGGGACAGACGGUACGUCUCACCUGCGUGUCUGACUCGCUGCCUCCUGCCCUCUUCUCAUGGCAACAUGACGGACAGGCUGUCGCAUCCGGCCAGCCGGACAGCGGGGUGCUCAGCCUUCAGAUUUUCUCAACCAAUGACAGCGGCCGCUAUGUCUGCAUGGCCAGAAACGGCAUCACUGGAGGCACGUCAGAGCAGGGGACAGUCUUGGCCGUCGUAGACACAUGUCUAAAUGUAGGAGAAGUGGUGGGGAUUGUGAUUGGAAGUUUGCUGCUGCUCAUAAUCAUCGUGCUCCUCAUUGUGCUCAUUGUUUUUCUCCUGCGAAGGAGGAGGGCACAGUCGGGACAAAGGGAUACUGUUAUUGUUCAGAAGACCCACACAAAUCCCAGGCCUAUACCUCCAGAUCCACAGCCUAAUGGUGCAAGGGAAUUGGGCCAAGGUCCCCAACCCCCUCUCUAUCACGUGACCACACUUGCAAACCUCCCUAACCGUUUAUACACAGCCCCGCUCGAAAGCCGUGGCAACCCACAGACGCCGCUGCAGAACGGCGUGCACAACUCUGACACACACCAACACAAUGGUCAUACCCACACAAAUGGGCUCCUACACAAUGCUAUUCAGAACCCUAAUUCAUAUCCACACAAUGGCAUUGACAACCCGGCUUUCACGCACACUGAUGCUCAGAAUGCAAACACACUCCCAAACACACAGCAGCAAAAUUCUAACAUUCUCAUACAGGCUGGCACUGCCCAGGGCGGCACCCAGCCGCCGGCGGUCCACGUCAGCCUUAACACGCUGCCACACACUGCCCAGCAUAACAACAAUGCGCAAAUGCCCACAAUUCACGUCAAUCUCAACUCAUACUCUGCCAACGGCCAACAGGCUCAGCAAGACAGUUCGUUUCCUCUUACCAACACAGCUAAUAAUAAUAAUGCUUCACAAACCCAACAAAACCUGUCACAUACAGGGCAAUCAAAUCCCAUCACGCAAAGUGGGCAACCCUAUUCUGUUGAACCCCGACUGAGUGGUCACACAGAUGCAGGUCAUCAAGCACAGCCUGGGCUUAUACCAACUGGAUACACACAUUUUAACAGUAGCAACAUUAACAUUUCCACGAAAAAUGCAGACACACAGACCUACCAGCAGGACACAGUGCGUCACAGCCGCUCUGAUAGAAACUCAGAAAGACACGAUGCCACUCCCAGCUCCUCCCGUCGACACAUGCCAUGGGAUCACCUCCGAGGGACACCUUCGUAUCCCAGCGGUACGCUUCAAAGAGGGCGGUUAUCACCUGAGUACACCUCUGAAACUACAGACUACACCACCCAUCCUCCCAUACGUGAGGCAAGAACACCAAACAGAUCUCAGCCUCAACCUCAAAGCCAAAACAGUCUGCGGAGCAGAGUUCCAACCAGACGAGAUACACCAUCAGCAGACAGACAGACGCGGAGCCGUUCAGCUGAUCUUCGAAGCCCGAACAUUCGCAGUGUAACACUGCUUGAGGCUGCACACCACACACACAGAAGCCCCCGCACACAAAGGGAGAGUCCUCAGCGAGACAUCAGAGGUUCCCCUGGUAGCCAGACCGCCCCCAGGCAGGAAACCACGCACAGCAAUAACCCCCAGGCACUGCCUCUCAUGAGCCAGCAGGCCUCGGUAGGACACUCUGCCAUGUCACAAGGACCCACAACACAACAGGGACUGACUGCACCACGGGGUGGUGAUACAAGAGCUUUGGCUGAUCCUAAUCACCUUCCACAGGCGCACAUGGCCCAGCAACAUAGAGCAGCGCAGAUCCAGACACCACCACAAGGCCUGGGCACGCAGACACAGCCUGUCAUACAAGGUGCCAAUCAGCCUCGCCAAGGAGGCACUGCUCCAGUCCCAUACCCUUCUGCCCAGCUUAAUCCCAGUAACCUAACCCAGGCUGCACUUAAAGCUCACACUGAGAGGGCUCAAAUAUUUCAGGAUCGGAAACAACAGACCCAGGCUGCCCUGCUUCACCCCGGACAACAGGCUCCUGCUGCUGCGGCUCAGCAUCCACCACCUCCUCCUCCUGUUAUUCCCCUUGCACAGUUCCAGACCCUUCCCAAGGAGCGCAUUCAGCACAAAUCCCCAACUAGAGGUCCUCAGCCCCCCAGACCUCCUCUCAACAUACCAGUGGCUCAGCGAAACCUACAAGUCCACCAGCGGCCCAUUGGACAGCACCAUCCUGGCACAAUGCCUGUCAACCGUCAUCACCAUCCUGGAAACGGCCACAUGCCCAUCAGCGCACACAGGCAUGCCCAUGCCCAUGCCCAUACCCAUGGCCAUGGCCACGGCCACGGGCAGCCUGCCCACUUCAGCAACCCACGACAGCAACAGGCUCACAGAAGGAGACCAAGAUGAUGACAGAUGUCAGCAGACUACGCUCUACAACUGUCCCACAUCCACUGACACAAACAAACAGCUGACAGACAUGAUCCAAUCCACCAAGCAAGGCUGACUGCACAAGGUUCGGCGCUCAAAAAAAGCUGUCAUACACUCAUAUACACUCAUAUCUCUCAAGUCAGUUUUUUUUUUUGUAAAAGAAAUGAACGUGUCUCCCAUGGGGAUAAUAGAAUGUAACUUUUUUUAAAAUACAGUCCUGGAAACGACAAAUUAUAUCUAAGACGGGGCUUGAUCUGCCCUUCUCUAAAAUUUGACUAAAUUAAAUAAGCUAAAUGAUACUCAAGGAUACUUAAAGAAAUUGUUUCCCCAUCGACAACUCUCCAAACACACACACACACACACACACACUAUAUUCCGGACCCAGGUACUAUUUUGAUUUCUGAAGCACUGAUCAAGAAUGAAACUUUGCCAAGAGCCUGCCCAGAGAAGACAAGUUCAGUGAUCCAUAGCUCCUGACCAAGCUCACAUCCACUCAUCCAUUCAUCAUCAGAACUAAACACUACCUUGACACCAUUAGAUCUUUCCAAGUGUCAGACAGAAACAGAUAUUCUUGCAAGUGCAUUUUGUCAGACAGUAAAGGAAACGAGAAGAGGACCCUGUGCAAGAUGGACUUGACCCCUGGGGAACCGUGACAGUUAUGGAAAACGAAAUUAGCCAUUGCGGUGGUCUUAAUCUACAUGGAACUAUUUAGUUUGGGCCUUCUGUUUACAGAUGCCUCUUACUUCCCUUCUCAAUUAAGGGGAUUCGCCUCAGUGGCGCUCGGAAGUAAUGCUCAGCUAACUAUGAAGGGGAUCCCACAAAUGGAUGGUGCUUAUUAAUUAAACGCUUUUAUGUGACUUAAAUGACUUGGAAAACAAUCACACUUGUGCAUGAAUGAGGUCUGCACAAAGACCUGAGCUGCCACGCUUUCUGCUGAAAAAGCAGUGUAGCAAUUUAGUGUCUGCACUGGGUAAUGGACAGCACACUUUAAAAUGGUGGGAUGUCAUUAAUUUUACAGAUUAUGUAUUUAUUGAUUUAUAAUGUUUGUGUUUUUUUAAACUCAGGGUUGUACUUGUGGAAAUUGAUUAUUUAGGUUGCACUAAUUGAUAUCAGCUCUAUUAUUUUUCAAUAAGUGUGACCAAACUCAUCUGGACUUUCAAGGAAAAGGCUGACGAUAUUCUCUAUUUUUCUUAUUGUUAACAAAUCCCAUGACAAAACUAAAACCGACCAUAAACUGAUCCUACUAACAAGUACUGUCUGUGUAGCCAGAAUGUGACAUCUCUCAUUCCCAUCUGCUGUAAAGCUCCAUUGUUGUCUAAAAACUCAUCAAAAACCAUUAAUCAGCCACACUGCUGCACUGGGUGUCCUGGCCCAUCAUUACGAUAAACACGGUUGCUGCAUUUUGCUUGAGCUAAUCACACACACACACAUCAUGCUGCUAUAACAGCUACUACAACACUAGAGCACCAAAUGUAUAUUAAUCCCCUGCUGAAAAUAGCCUCAGAAGGUCCUCUAAUUAAUGCCAUGUGAGGAGCAUUUGUUAAAAGCUAAAGUGCCCAGCUGCAAUUAUUUUGACUUUUUUUUUAAAAAAAACAGAACAAAACUAUAUAUUUGUGACCUGUUUCUAAAGAUAUAAGUCCUUAGUACAAACAAAUAGACUUGGGGCUGAGAGCCACAAACAGGGUUGGAAAGUCGAAAGUAUUGAGAGACAAAUGCAUGGUGGGUUUUUGUCUUCAUGGGAUUUGUUCACAAGAAAAAAAAACAGAAUAAUCCCAGCCUCAUCCUUCAGUAUCAGAAUAAAUGCUGUAAACUCAAAAUCCAAAAACGAACAGGAACAAAUACACAGCACAUCUGGCAGCUCCAACCAAACAUCUGGAGCAUGAGAUACUGUCUUGAAAAAUUGUGCUGUUUUUGAAAAAUUAAUGCUUGUAAAUAAUUUAUACAGGUGUUGAGUAUCCAUGUGAGAUGCACAGUAUUUAUCUUUGCUCCUCAGGAAGGAUUUGUACAUUGUUUGGGAUUUUUCCAAAUUGUUGUAAGAUUUUAUUAUAUCAGUAAUAAUAAAGAAUUUCAUUAUCUGUG